ACUAAACAAAAACCAAUAUGUGUGUAGUAGAUGGGAAGGGGGCAAAAAGGAAAGACAGAAAAAACAGAAUCAAAAAUCUUUUCAAGGCCACAAGUGAACUUGUGGCUCAGAAUUGCUGUGGGGGAUGACGUGGCACAGCACCUGCAUAGACAGCUGAGGAAAACGCACAAUCAACCAAGACGACGACGCACACUCUCUCACAUAUACAACGCAACGUGUCAGAUCUCUCGUCGAUUUCUCUCUCUCUCUCUCUAAGUUUUCGAAUCGAUUUUUUAUGAAAAGAUAAAGAAAAAACGAAAGCGUAGCAAAAAUGUCGGAGGCAAAGGACCCAGCGAUCAAGCUUUUCGGGAAGACGAUUCCGGUGCCGGAGGUCCCUUUAAGCUCCGGCGAAUCGGUCGGAGCUCCUGAACCGGAUCCAUCUUCUGGAACCCUCGUUGAAGAUACUGUCGAUCAGGACCAUGCCUCUUCCUCCAACUCUUCGCCUGAAGUCAAUACCAACAGAGACAGGGAAGAGAAAGAGGUCAAUAACCAUAAGGACACUUCGGGAGAAAAACCAAUGCAGACUAAACAGGAAGAUGGAAUCCCACCUUUAUCUUCGGAAGAGGUGACAAAUCCAGAUACAGCAUCCAGAGUAGGUGUGAACCCUAAAUCACCUGUUGAGAAGGAGAAUGCUACAGUAAAAAAUUUGAAGACUGAAGAAGAACAGAGUGAGACAAGUAAUUCACAAGAAAAGACCCUGAAGAAACCAGAUAAAAUACUUCCAUGCCCCCGCUGUAAUAGCAUGGAUACCAAGUUCUGUUACUACAAUAAUUACAACGUCAACCAACCCCGGCACUUCUGCAAGAACUGCCAGAGAUAUUGGACAGCUGGUGGGACCAUGAGGAAUGUGCCUGUGGGUGCAGGACGUCGUAAGAAUAAGAAUUCUGCUUCUCACUAUCGCCACAUAACUGUCUCUGAAGCAAUGCCGAAUGCUCAAACUGAUGUUCUGAAUGGAGUUCACCAUCCUUCAGUAAAAUCUAAUGGUACUGUCCUAACAUUUUGCGGGGAUGCGCCCCUUUGCGAAUCAAUGGCUUCUGUCCUUCACCUUGCUGAUAAAAAUAUACAGAACGGUACACAUAAUGGAUUUCAGAAACCUGAAGGAUUAAGGAUUCCAGCUUCUUAUGGAAGUGGAGUAAAUGGAGAUGAUCAUUCGAAUAGAUCUACAGUGACAGAUUCAAAUUCAAAGGAUGAGGCAUGCAAAACUGGGUCACAAGAGCAGGUUAUGCAGAGUUAUCAGGGCUUCCCACCUCAAAUACCAUGCUUUCCUGGGGCGCCUUGGCCGUACCCCUGGAACUCUGCCCAAUGGAGCUCUCCAGUAACACCACCUGCUUUCUGCCCUCCAGGUUUUCCUAUGCCCUACUACCCUGCAGCAGCUUAUUGGGGUUGUGCUGUGCAAGGCGCUUGGAAUAUCCCUUGGCUUCCACCGCCAUCAUCUCCAAACCACUCUGCUCCAAGUUCUGGUCCUAACUCUCCGACCUUGGGAAAACAUUCGAGGGAUGAGAGCACUGUGAAACAAAAUAACUCUGAGGAAGAGGAGGCACCAAAAGAAAAGAGUGCUGAGAGAUGCCUUUGGAUUCCAAAGACAUUGAGGAUUGAUGACCCGGGAGAAGCUGCAAGAAGCUCUAUAUGGGCAACACUGGGGAUUAAGAAUGAUAAGGCUGAUUCACUUAGCGGUGGGGGACUCUUUAAGGCCUUCCAACCAAAGGGUGAUAAAAAGAAUCACCUGACCGAAGCUUCUCCGGUCUUACAAGCCAAUCCAGCAGCAUUAUCUAGGUCACUCAAUUUCCAAGAGAGUUCAUAAAAUUGGUAGCUUACAAAUUUGUAGUUUCAAGUGGUGCAUACAAUUCAGGAAUGCUCAACUGCUCCAUACAAUGUGACACCACCUUUCUAAUCCCAGAGUUCUUGUUGAUUAACCAGCUUCAGCCGCAAAAUCAAAUGUCAAAGCUGUCAAAUAGAGGAAGACGAGAGGAUUGUCCAUCCUUUUUCUCUUAGGAGCUGAGCCAUCUUACUUUGGCUGGAAUAGCCACUGAUUUUCCCCUCCGAGUGCUAUUAUGAAUAUUUGCAUUUUGUUUUCAGUUAGAUGGUUUGCUGAGUUCUUGUACAUAUAUUUACUUGUAAAAUUGAGAACUAGAAGAGUUCAGGUUUGUGUAGCAAAAUCCCAGAUGUACUUAAAUAACUUGGGGAUUCAAGUGACACUUUCUGUUCUUUUGUGCUUUUUAAAUUAGAGAUUCAGUCUUUUGGUCUAAUGUCCACUUAAAUACCACAGUUGAUAUUCUACUCU